AUGUUCAAGCUGGCGUGCAUCCUUUUCGCUGGAACUUUGACUGCAACGCAUUUAAAUUCUGGUAUGUCACAUAUGCCUUCAGUCACGACCUUUUCUCCCAAGCUUAUUUUCAACGCCCGAGGCUUCUCUGAUGAAGAAAACUAUAUCAUUUACCAGCAGUGGAAGAACAUUUAUCCGAUAGAUCAACCAAUCACGCUGAUGAGUCAACUUCAAAUCUUCAAAUUCGUCACUGAGCGCUUCUGCAACCGUAAGAAACCAACGGGAUGGAUGCUUUCGCCCGAAUACUACGGGUGCUGUUACUCCACCGCAUCAGGCCUUCCACGAGGUUUGAAAUCGGGUCCACCACGAUAUGGGCGCUCGCACAGGCACGUUCCUGAUAUGAAUAACUCUGCAUAG